GUUGAAAGCAAUGUUUGCGCUCAUUGCGCGAGGCCGCACUGUUUCUGCACACGCCGCUCGACCCCUUCUCUCUUAUGUACGUCUGGGGAGAGCAAUAGUGCAGUCGGCGCAGUCAAGGAGGAAUUCAACCGAUGUCGAAGCGGGCUAUCCGCACACCCAAGAGGGUCCUGGGGCACAAUGGCUGACGACUUCUCUCCCUGAAAUAACACCAAAGAGUGGUAUCACUACGGUUCCUUGGGAGCCGAAGCCGGUGUAUGUGCCGCUGUCCUCCCUUCUCGUUCGGCAGCCCGGCCAUCAACGAGCCUGCAGCAAAGUAGUCGCACUGGAACCUUCGGUCUUUGAUCAUCCCAUUCGGCGCGAUAUUCUUCAUCUUUGUGUCGUCUACCAUCGCGACGCUCUGCGACAAGGAACUGCCGCUAACAAGAACCGCGCUGAAGUCAGUGGGUCCGGCAAGAAGCUGAGACCACAGAAAGGUACUGGUAGGGCACGGCUGGGUGAUCGAGGAAACCCAAUGCUUCGUGGUGGUGGUCGUGCGUUUGCGAAGAAAGCUAGAGACUUCUCGACUUCGCUACCGCGGAAGAUGCAAGAGAUGGGGAUGCGAGUGGCGCUGAGUGCAAAGAUGCGAGAACAGGCGCUAGGAGUCGUGGAAUCAUUGGAAUGGCCCGGUGUGAAGACGGGCGAAUUCAAGCAGAGAAUUGGUUCACUGGGAUGGAAACGAGUUCUUUUCAUCCAUGGCGCUAGCCAUGUUCCGGAGAACCUGAGACGGUCUUCCAGCAAUCUACGAGACGUGCAUUGCACCACUGCGAAGGACGUGACCGUUUACGACCUUCUCAAGUGGCAGAUGGUAGUGUUGGACAUCGGCGCGGUGGACUGGUUCCACCAACAGCUCGGGAAGAAACCCCUACCUGCAGAGAACAUUGGCGGUCAUAUCCGAGAUGUCUAAUAUUGGUGGUGGUGAAACGCCGGACACCAGGGUGAUAAUGUAAUAGC